GACUGACAGCUCAUGGGGCCCCCGGGCAAUAGGGGAUCAUGGGGCCCCUGUGUCCUUGCCCACACCCAAAAAAGCCUAUGAAAAAGCCAAUGAGUGGGUAAGUUCAGGGGCGGACUGACAACUCAUGGGGCCCCUGGGCAAUAGGGGAUCAUGGGGGCCCCUGUGUCCUUGCCCAAACUCAAAAAAGCCUAUGAAAAAGGUACCAGGGGCAUCUCAUGGGGCCCCCUACUGACCCCGGGCCCUCGGGCAGUGCCCGAGUUUCCAAAUGGUCAGUCCACCCCUGGGUAAGUUGAGUCUGCCAGCAU